CUAGGCUUACUCUCUCGCUCUCUGUGUAAAUAUUUAAAAGACAGUUAUUCAUCAGCUCAGGAACAAAGAGCACGCUCUUGGAUUUGAGUUAUAAAAACAGGCUUUAUGAAGCUAGAAGACUGAAGCUGUGUCAACAUGGCGAUAAGCACAUCCUUCUAUAUAUUCCUCUCCUUUGCAUGUCUGGGAGCAAUCUCUUGCACUCCAGCAGUGUUCGUGGAGAAGGCGGCAGCCAAUGGGGUGCUGACGAGGCGGGUGCGGGCUAACUCCUUCCUGGAAGAGAUGAGGCCUGGCAAUCUGGAGAGGGAAUGCUAUGAGGAAGCGUGCUCCUUUGAGGAGGCCUAUGAAAUCUUCAAAAACAAAAAAAAAACUGAUGAGUUUUGGAACAAAUACAACAGACAACCUAAUUUCAGAAACCAGUGUUUGUCAAACCCGUGCUAUAACGGAACCUGUAUACAGCAGACUGGGGAUUUCUUCUGCAACUGUAAGCCUGAAUUCGAAGGCAGACUCUGCCAAUUCCCUGUUUCUGCCACAAAUUGCUCGGAUGACAAUGGGGGCUGUGAUCAUAUCUGCAAUGAAGACCCAGACAAGACGAGGCGGUCGUGUGGCUGUCUGCCAGGAUACAAACUCAAAAAUGACCAUCGACAAUGCCAGGCAACAGAUGCUUUUCCAUGUGGUAAGGUUCAAGUGGCAAAAGCUGAGAAACCUGAACUAGAUGAACCGAGGAUCAAGCCCUUGGUGGCUGGAGGACAGAAGGGGAAGAAGGGACAAAGCCCCUGGCAGGCACUCAUUCUGAAUGCGAGUGGGAGGUUCCAUUGUGGAGGGGUGCUGAUUGACCACUCCUGGGUGCUGACAGCUGCGCACUGUGUCCAGGAUGGGACCAAGUUCAGUGUUAGACUGGGGGAUUAUGAGAGGCGCCGCUUUGAGGAUACAGAGAUCACCAUUCCUGUCUCUGAGGUUGUGUGUCAUGCCAACCAUGACAAAGACACAGCAGACAAUGACAUCGCCCUGCUGCGUCUGCAAACGCCAGUCACCUACACCAAGUUUAUCGUGCCGGUGUGCCUGCCUCAACGUAACCUCGCCGAACAGAUGCUGAUGCGAAAUGGCACCAACGUUACUGUGACAGGGUGGGGGCGGGAAAGGGAGAAUUCCACCAGCUACAGCUCCGCCCUCAACUUCAUUGAGAUCCCGUUGGCCCUUCGGGAACAGUGCGCUGAGCUAAUGCUGAACCCGCUGACAGAUAACAUGCUGUGUGCCGGUGUGUUGGGAGGGAGCAAGGAUGCCUGCAGUGGGGACAGUGGGGGUCCAAUGGUCACAAAAUUCAAGAGAUACUGGUUCCUGGUGGGGCUGGUCUCCUGGGGGGAAGGCUGCGGACGGAUGGACAAGCUGGGGGUCUACACUAAAGUCAGCAACUACCUGGAGUGGAUCAAAAAUGUCAGAAAGGAGAAGAACAGUAGAGUUUGAACCAUUCCCCUCCUCUCCCCUACAUCACUUCAUAAUCCAAUAAUCAAGAAAUCCUUUCACACAUUGCAUGUUUGCAGAGAAAAGUGCUCAUUAUAGAACGUUGAAUUGCCUUUAACUGAAUAUUGUCUUUAUUAUAAUAAAGUUGAUGCUACUGCUUUC